GUUUCGUUCUGAGUGAUGGAAUCUUUAAUAUUAGGAACAAAUCAAAAUCCAUAUUUUACUACUAUUCCAGGUCUCAUCAACCGUCCUGCGUUGGGUGUUUUUCCGGGUGAGGAUUGGCCGGGCAAACUUCAAAAUGUCCUAAUGUCUGUCGCUCCAAAGGGUCUUGAUUACUUGACAACGAUGAUGUGUGGCUCAUGCUCAAAUGAAAAUGCAUUCAAGAAUAUUUUUAUUUGGUACCAGAGCGUACAGCGCGGCGAAAAUGUUCAAUUCACCCAGGAAGAAAUCAACUCAUGUAUGGUCAACCAGACUCUUGCACCGAAGUUGAGUAUCUUGAGCUUCCAUGGAGCAUUCCACGGUCGCACAAUGGGAACCCUUUCUACCACUCCCAAAUACAUCCAUAAGAUCGAUAUACCGUCGUUCGAUUGGCCUAUAGCGCCGUUCCCGAAGUACAAGUACCCGCUUGAAGAACAUGUUCGUGAGAAUGCCCAAGAAGACGCUCGCUGUCUAGCGGAAGUGCAAGACCUGUUCGAGAAGUAUGCCAAGAAGGGUAUUCCAGUUGCGGGGGUCAUCAUCGAACCGAUUCAGAGCGAGGGUGGCGAUAACGAGGCGUCUCCUGAGUUCUUCCAACAGCUGCAGAGAAUAACCAAGAAGAACGGAGCUGCCCUGCUGAUCGAUGAAGUACAAACGGGAGGAGGGCCAACGGGCAAGAUCUGGUGCCACGAGCACUUCAAUUUGGACAGUCCUCCGGAUGUAGUUACCUUUAGUAAGAAAAUGCAACUGGGAGGAUACUUCCACAGCUUGAACCUAACUCCACAGCUGCCCUACCGAGUGUUCAACACAUGGAUGGGUGAUCCAGGAAAAGUCCUACUAUUGGAAUCGAUCUUGAACGUUAUCAAGUCGGAAGCAUUGCUGCAGAACGUGGAGAAAACCGGUGCUAAACUGAAGCAGGGAUUACUCCAGGCACAGAAGGACUUCCCACAUUUGCUCAACUCUGUUAGAGGUCGCGGAACAUUUUUGGCAGUUAACUGCGCAAAUGCAAAGAUGCGUGAUGAUGCCGUUUCAGCCUUGAAGCAGAAGGGUGUGCUUUCGGGUGGCUGCGGAGAUUUGAGCAUUCGCUUCCGGCCGGCGCUAAUAUUCCAGGAAAAGCACGUUGAUAUUUUCUUGGAUAAAUUCAACCAGGUUCUCAAGGAGAUCAAAUAAACUAAACUGAAUUGAUUAGCCGAGUAGUUCGUUGGGUACAAUGAUAGGAAAGGCUUCUAAUCUCUUUGUCAGAGAAUUGCAUUUACGUUACCGUUCGCAUAUAGGUAUAUCUGCACAAAAUGACUAACCUAGCAUUGCGCCAAGGAUGCAUUAAGAUUUGCCAUUGGAGACACAAAUAAUAGAUAUAUUGAUAACAUGUUGAGACAAAGAAUAGUAUUAAAGCAGAAACACAUACAACUAAUAUUCCAAACAUUGCCAUUGCAUCGAAAGUGCGAACAUUUGUCUUCCAGAGAAUUGUGAUUUCCAAGAAAAUCGAUGUAUGUAAUAUGUGUGGAAAUAUAGAUAAAUGUUGUCGCAAA